AGUGAAGUGAAGCUUUUUGUCAACAGACUGAACUCUGAGGAAUCAGUCAUUCCAUAUGAUUACACACACUUUGACUUCUGCACCUCACCUGACAUCAGUGAAACUCCAGUGGAGAACCUGGGACAAGUUGUCUUUGGGGAGAGAAUCAUGCCAUCCCCAUACAAGAUGCAAUUCCUAGAGCCGCUUCAGUGUGCAGAAGUUUGCACCAAACACUACGACUUUUCCAACAGAGAAGAUCAACUCAAAAUAGAAAAGCUAAAGAGCGCCAUGAACCUUAACUACCAUCAUCACUGGAUUGUUGACAACAUGCCGGUGACUUGGUGCUAUAAGGUUCAGGGAGACAACACCUACUGUGCUACAGGCUUCCCUGUUGGCUGCUAUGUUGAUGCUAAAGGCAACCGUAAAGAUGCCUGCGUCAUUGAGAACUCAUACAGCACUCCCGACACUUACUACAUCUUCAAUCACAUCGACCUGAACAUCACUUACCACAGCGGCAAGGGUGAAGACUGGGGCAUGGGAUUUAAUGACAACGGUGGCCGCAUUUUUGGCACUGGAAGUGGGGCUAAAGUCUCCCAGGAUUCUGCGGGCCGCUCUGCGUUGAACCAUCUCAAGGGAGGUUCUCAGGUGCUGCUGGUGCGGAUCCCAGGCCGCAAAAAGUCUGACUCUGGCGUUGAUUCCUUCUCCAAGGUCAUUGAUGUAUAUAAGAAACAAGGUCGGUCCGAGCACCGAGCCUUGUGGGACGCCGGAGAGUACGCUGCCCACACUGGACUUUUUCCCCUCCACGACCACUUGCUGCGUUCGUCCAGACAGGAAACCGGUGAUCCACUGCUUGGUCCUUCCUCGGAUGCCAUAAAAUUCCAGCUUCGACAGCAGUCGCUGGUGGGCCGUGAUCGCAGAUCUCACAACGUGCUCCAGCAGUUUACAGCAGAUGCAAGUGAGAGAGAUGGGGCGGUAAUUGGCGGCCUGGCUCCGGUCUCCCUUCUUGAAGAUAGGCUGGACCAGGGCGUGUUUCCAGACGUGGGGGACCUGGCCAGUGUCCAAGGAUUUCACAAACAGGAGAGUCAAAGCGGGGGCCAACUCCUCUGCAACCUCCCUCAGCAGCCGGCACGGGAUGCCAUCUGUGGAGGGAUGGUGGUGGAUCUGGUGAUGAGACUUGGUCUGUUUGUGAGAAAUAAGUCAAGGAUGUGCUUGCCUAGUGUUGGCUUAUCGUUCACCUGGAGGAGCCCCAUGUCUGUAACCUUCUCCAAGAAGAGUUUAUUGAUUCUGGAUGGUGAGGGAUGGGAUGCAAACUGCGGGGCGUGCGUCCCACUACCGAUGGAGCUGAGCAGUGUCUCCGCAGGCACCGGAGAGAACAAGGACGCGGAGAAGUUUGGUACUCCACAGGAGAAACACAUCCAUGGGGUCUGCGUGGUGUGUGCGAGGAAUUUCACGGAGCUGCUUCAAACACGUCCUGCCACCACGCGCAUGCGCAACCCUACGAUGUUCGCGUGCCUGGGUUUCCUGUCCCCCGCUAACCGUGGCGCUCUCAUGACCUGCGUGCUGGUGCUGUACGUGUGCCUGGGCUUCCCUGCGGGCUACACCAGCGCCCGCCUCUACAAGAGCUUCGGGGGCGAGAAGUGGAAGAGCAACGUACUGCUUACUUCCAUGCUCUGCCCUGGGUUCGUGUUCGGCAUUUUCUUCUUCCUGAACCUGAUCCUGGCGUAUAAAGGCAGCAGCGCCGCGGUGCCCUUCUCCACCCUCAUCGCUCUGCUGGCGCUGUGGUUCCUUGUGUCCGUGCCUCUCACCUUCGUCGGCGCCUUCUUCGGUUUCAGGAAAAGGACUUUGGAGAACCCAGUACGAACGAACAAGAUCCCGCGCCAGAUCCCCGACCAGAGCAUCUACACGAAGCCUCUGCCCGGCAGCGUGAUGGGCGGCGUGCUGCCGUUUGGCUGCAUCUUCAUCCAGCUGUUCUUCAUCCUGAACUCGAUCUGGUCCAACCAGACCUACUACAUGUUCGGCUUCUUGUUCCUCGUGUUCCUCAUUCUGUGCAUCACGUGCAGCGAGACUACCAUACUUCUCUGCUAUUUCCAUCUCUGUGCUGAGGAUUACCACUGGUGGUGGCGCAGUUACCUCACUUCAGGAUUCACUGCGUUCUACCUCUUCAUUUACUGCGUGCAUUAUUUUGCCACCAAACUGAACAUUUCUGGCUUCGUCUCGACGUUGCUCUACUUCGGCUACACCAUCAUCAUGGUCUUCUUGUUCUUCCUACUCACAGGCACGAUCGGUUUCUGCGCGUGCUUCUGGUUCGUGCGCAAGAUCUACAGCGUCGUCAAGGUGGACUAAGACGUGCGCCGUACGAGCUUUGCUGGAGAUGAGCAUCAUAAUUAUGGAACGCGGGCUGUUUAAUAUUAUUUUCCUUGUAGUCCUUGUCUGCUAACCAUCCACUUUUGUACUGCAACGUUUGGAGUUUAUUAUUGGAUUUGAAUAGGGAUUAGACUACGAAUUGAUUUCAUAUUUUUAACUAGUACAGUAAAUCUGGAUACUAAGUUAGUUUUCUAUGUAGAGAUUUUCUUUUGUUCUGUCCGUCAGUCCAUCCAGGCUCGCUCUUAACUGUCAGUUGCCAGUCGCAGAAUGAACGGAGGUAGAAAUUAUUGUAUAAUGUAGACAUUGUCAUAUGUGCUCCUUUUUCUUUGUCUGAAAGUUGCAGAAAAAAUUGGCCUCUCGUGUGUAGGAUUUUCUUCACAGGCGUAUGAUUCCAGUAGAAAAUUUCUUUAUAUUUUCCGGCUUGUGAGCCACUUUUUGUUCCACGCAAAUCAAAGAGUAUGAGGAUGUCUACUUUUAGGAACGCUUUAACUCUGUGGGGACUCACCCUGAAGCUUUAGAAGAAGUUGAUCUUUCUGAUCUCUACAAUGGGAUUAGAAGCGAUAAAUUGUCAUGAUGGUCUCCUGGUUUAUCUUACGAUAUCAAGUCAAUUUAUCAUGUAGGUAUUACCUGGUUUUGAGGCGUUGCAUUUUUUACACAGAAAAAGCUUGGAAAUGUCAUUAAAAUUCGUUCUAUUUCAUGCUGAUGUGCCCGAACGCUUUCGCCUUCUAAGCGUGAAUUAUUUCCGUUCUAUAUAUCAUCAAUGUCUGUCAUUAGCUGCUGGGUGGUACAUUUUUACUAAGCUAAUUUAAUUAGAAAAAUACGAAAAUUAUUAUCAAUAUUCCCUUCGCUGCUAUUAUCUUGAUAGUUUUCCUCAGUCUGAAGCGUCAGGGAAUCAGCAAGCAUUCACUUGACGAUAUUGAAAAUCCUGGGUUUGUUCCCGUAUUUUGUAUGCGUGUGGCGAUUGUUUUCAUUGCUGAACUUGGAAGUAUUCCAAGUCACAUACACUGAUAUUCUGUGAUUUAUGUGUGCGUUUCACUGAUUUUCUCCAUAUACCCGCAAAUUUUAUUUCACCUGCAAUGGCAAAAAAUAUGUUUUUAAUGUAUUUGUUAUGAGUUCAAUAUAUGAACUUUAUCCCGCUACAACCAUGAGAAUAUUUGUAACUUCGAAAGAAAAAUUCUAACCUCACGUAGUUAUGAUUAUUAGUACCUAGGCUGUAGCACUUGUUGACUUUGCGCCUAAUUCGAGUUUUGUGGUCGAGUUCAACUUAAUGAUUGUUGUUUAAUGAUGAUUCGGUUCUGUUAUUCUCGAGCUAUAUCUCGUCAUGCAUCGUUUAGAAUUCUUAGUCAAAGAAAAUUUUGAUGAAUUAAUGAUGGUUAAAACAUAUUGAAAUUAUUUGAUGCUCUGAUAUACCAUUAUGUAUUUAAACUUUUUGCUCAAAGCGUAUUUAUGACGAAUUCUUUCUGUCUGAUUUUGAAAGGUCGGCAACAACAAAAUUAUUAAAUGUACGUUUUACAAUAAAAUUACGUCCUGCCCUAAAGAUUCAUGUAUUGAUUUUAUAUACUAAUGUAAAGGUUCCAUGUUACCCGCAAUUACGUGGGCUUCAAAGCAGUUGCACCAGAUGCAGGUCUGUGCUGUUCGUACAUGCCUAACUAUUAUCUUCGUGUGUAAUUAAUGCCAACUCGUGCACGAAACAUGAAUAUGCUUGAAAUAUAUUUUAAUCACGUCAACUAUAUCAUAUUUCUACCUCUAUUGCAUUGAUAGCCAAAACUGUGGCAUUUUCAUGUAUUGAAGAAUCCUGGGUUCGAUAGAAAAAGUAUGUUUUUGCCGGAUAAUUCACCGCGUGCUGUUUGAUCUUGUAUUGCUUCCACUGAAAUGUAUCAUCAACAGGCCUGUAAUUAGGACGAUGUUUAAGCAAGAACUUCUGCUGUUAAGUUUGUGUAUUAUUGUUAGCUAUAAGCUUUAUUUGAUUAUGAAUGUUUAUUUCGUUCAUGCGGAACUCCAACACAUCUCGUCGUUUAAUUUUUUAAUGAGCAGGCAUACUUUUAUUUAUCCCAAGCUUUUGUUCAGCUCUUCUUGUACGUUUCAUUGACACUUUUAGACUUCAAGUUGGCAUCUCGUAUGUGGUUAGGUUCCCAGGAAUAUUUUACUUCUCUUUCGUUUUCUUGGUAACGAAAGCUUCCUACUUAUUGUGUUUUUAUAUUAUUAAAGGUCUUGAUUCA